AUGAGGAUUAUUCUCCUCCUUCUUCUGCUUGGCGUCUAUGCAAUCAGUCAACCCCACAACCAUUCGCCUUUAGAAAAUAAACUUGAUAACGAUAUACUUCUACUCCAUGAGGAAUUGGAAGAAGUAAAACCUGAAAUAGAAGAACAACUGAAAUUAUCUCCAGAAGAGCAAGAAAAGCUCGAAAAAUUGGAAAAGAAAGUGAAACAUUAUGUAGAACACGGUAUACACCCCCAUCAGAACACACUCGACGAGAUCACUAACGGAAGUGAAUACGGAUUGUAUUUAUACCAAGGCGACAUGCUUCUACAACCAUUCCAAGAAGAAGAAAUUGUCGAAGGUUUACGUCACGGAGAACAAAAUCGUACAAAACGACAAGCGUACAAAGAUGAAAGAUAUCCGUAUAAUAUAUGGAGAAAAGGAGUCAACUACGUUUUCGAUGCCAAUUUACAUCCCGAUGUUCAAAAAGCUUUCAAAACGGGUGCCAAAUGGUGGGAACAAGACACAUGUAUUGAUUUCCGUGAGGAUAAUUCAGUAAGCGACAAAAUUCUUGUUUUCCGACAUAACGGUUGUUGGUCGUAUGUUGGUAGAACUGGCAGAGUACAACAACUUUCGUUAGGUGAUGGAUGUGGUACGCCUGCAAUUGCUGCGCAUGAACUAGGCCACGCUCUUGGAAUGUUCCAUACACAAUCACGGCACGAUCGAGACGAUUACGUUUACGUCCAUGUCCAAAAUAUUUAUCCCAGUUGGAGAAGUCAAUUCAACAGAGAAACUAAACUUCGCAAUGAAAACUAUGGUAUACCGUACGAUUACGGUAGCAUAAUGCAUUACGGUGCAAGAGCUGCUGCUGAAGGCGAUAGAAAUUCACUAGUCGCAAAGGAUCCGAAUUAUUCUCGAACGCUGGGCUCACCAUUUAUUUCCUUCUAUGAAUUGCUGAUGAUAAACAAGCAUUAUAAAUGUCUUAAUUGCGAUCCAAAAACUUCAGCAAAAUGUAAAAUGGGAGGAUUCCCCCAUCCACGAGACUGUAAUAAAUGUAUUUGUCCGAGCGGUUACGGUGGUGCUCUUUGCAAUGAAAGACCAAAAGGAUGCGGUCAAAUUCUAACAGCUACAACUAACUAUAAAACGCUUAAAGCUAAAAUCGGAAAAGAAGGAAGUGGAGAUCGAAUGGAGUAUAUGAAGUGUCAUUAUUGGAUUAAGGCACCUCCAGGCUCUGUUAUCGAAGUGAAAAUUGCUAAAAUUGAUUACGGAAUGGCUACUGAUGGUUGUACGUACGCAGGAAUUGAGAUAAAAACUCAUGAAGAUCUGCGUCUAACCGGUUAUAGAUUUUGCGCUGAAGAGGAUGUCGGUGUAACUCUUCGCUCGAACUUCCACGUUGUUCCUGUCAUCACUCACAGUCGAGCGCACAGCUCAGAAUUCCAUAUCAAGUAUCGUAUAGUAAAGGGAGCUCGUCCAAAGCCUACAACACCAGCACCGUACACAUUAGAUCAUGGGGAGGACUUUGGGUCUCUUACUACAUCGACGACUACGACUACGACCACCACGCCUAAGCCUAAGAAAAAAACCUGUGAAGAUGACAAGAGGUGCCCCAUUCUAUUGCAACUAAAGGACUUCUGUAAGAGUACCGUAUUCCCGGAUCAUGUGAAGAAGAGAUAUUGUGCGGUGACAUGCAAACUAUGUAAGAGAAGUGCAUAG